UUUAAUUAAUCUUUUUUUUUUUAUUAAUUCUCCUUUAAAGUCUUACUAAACCCACCGCAGUACAAUCAGUCUGUAGAUGCAGUAAAGUAUGCUUAUAUAGUGAAUGCGGGGUCUGGGGAGACCAGAUAUAGUGAAUGCGGGGUCCGGGGAGCCCAGAUAUAGUGAAUGCGGGGUCUGGGGAGACCAGAUAUAGUGAAUGCAGGGUCCGGGGAGAGCGGAUAUAGUGAACGCGGGGUCGGGGGGAGAGCGGAUAUAGUGAAUGCGGGGUCCGGGGAGACCAGAUAUAGUGAAUGCAGGGUCCGGGGAGAGGGGAUAUAGUGAAUGCGGGGUC